AUGACAAGGUCAACAAGAAUGACGUAUGCAUUUGCAAGGUAAGAAUAAAUCUUUCACAAGUUCCUUUUUUUGCAUUUCAAUAUGCUUAUAACCCUCCUCCAACUCCUCACCCAAUCAUCUGACCAUCCAACCAUUUUCAUUCCCCUCACAUUCUUCGCCUUAAGUAACACUUCCAUCCAGAGACGGCGGCCUGCCUCUCUCCCAUACAUUUUCCCGCAUCCAUCCUACCCUAAAUCUUCCUCUAAACGCUCUCUACCUCACCGUCAGUCUCGUCGUAAUCUUCGGCUGCAUAUUUCUCGGCUCAGACAGCGCUUUUAACGCCAUUAUCUCGGCUUCGGUCGUUGCCCUCGGUGUCUCAUAA